AUGCAAACAGGCCGCCUUGAAGAGGAGGAUGAAGAUGAGGCUGUGUAUAUGAUUGGCCUGCGCCUCGCCGUCAACUGCACGGAUCGAGAGGCGGAAUUCGCGAAGAUGCAGCACUCGAAUUAUUGGACUCUGGUUAACUAUGUGCCCGCUAACCAUGGCCGCAUACGCUGCGCGACGAGUGUCACCUAUACCACGCAUGGAGACUAUCGGUAUUUGAGUAAUGUGGCUCCGUUGGUGGAGCGCUGGCGGGCGCCAAUUAGCUUGGCACUCUACGCACCUGGCACCGACUUCAAGGCGACCGUGCACAGCAUCAUGUGGCUGCAGCAAUGUGCGCCGGAGCGGGAGCUAAUCAAGCGCUGGGUUAGCUUUCAUAUCUACUUCCAUGUGGAGCAUAUGCCCGAUAAGGUCUACGCACAAAAGUCUUUAGGCAGCAUGAAAGAGAAAUGUACAAGAGCUGCGACAUUCGACAACGUGCCCCAAAGUGCACUCUAUCGAAGCCAACAUGAACUCGAUUAUCCCAUCAAUGUGGGACGUAAUAUUGCGAAGCAGUCAUCGCUCACACAUUACAUACUCGCCUCCGAUAUCGAACUGUAUCCCACACCUGGCCUGGUUGACGGCUUUCUGAAGAUGCUGACUGCCAAUAUGCAUUUGGUCAACACCAAUGAGCGCAUUGUCUAUCCACUCAACAUCUUCGAGGUGCACGCGAAUGCCACGAUGCCGUCCACAAAAAUGGAAUUGAAGAGCCAACUGGCCACGGGUGAAGCGAUUCCCUUUCAUACUCAUGUUUGUCCGCAAUGUAACAUGGCACAAAAUCUGCCCGUCUGGAUCAACCAAACGGAUAAUGCCCAAUCCAUCAAUGUGUUCAGCAUCAGCAAACGCCUUAACCUUUGGGAUCCCAUCUAUAUUGGAACGAUUCAUGACCCAGAGUACGACGAGCGUUUGAGCUGGGAGGGCAUGUCCGACAAGAUGGUCCAUUCCUAUGCCCUCUGCCUAAUGGACUAUAGCUUUCUUACCCUAGAUAAUGCGUUCUUGGUGCACAAGCCGGGCAUCAAGAUGGGUCACACAGAUCCAGCCCGCCUAAGCUUAGCAGCCAAAAUAUAUAAAAAGAUUCGUAAUCGCUUCCUAGUCGAAUAUUUGCAGAAAUAUGGAUAUCAAGAGGGUUGCACUUUAUGA